GGUCACUUCUGAACAGUCUUUGCAAAGUGGUGAAGAAAAUCCAGUCUGCUUUCGGAAGGACAUUCGAGAGCCGAAUAAAUGCAGUAUCUAAAUAUAAAAGAGGACUGCAAUGCCAUGGCGUUCUGUGCAAAAAUGAGGAGCUUCAAGAAGACGGAGGUGCACCUGGAGGCCCCUGAGCCUGGCGUGGAGGUACUCUUCUACCUGCCUGACCGGGAGCCCCUUCGACUGCGCUGUGGUGCAUACACAGCCGAGGAGCUGUGCAUCAAGGCGGCGCAGACAUGCAGUAUUUCUCCUCUGUGUCACAACCUCUUCGCAUUGUACGAUGAAAACACAAAACUCUGGUAUGCUCCGAACCAAACCAUCACUGUUGACGACAAAACGUGCCUUCUGCUGCACUACCGGAUGAGGUUUUAUUUCACCAACUGGCAUGGCACCAAUGACAAUGAACAGUCAGUCUGGCGACAUUCUCCAAAGAAGCAGAAGAAUGGCUAUGAGAAGAAGAAAACCCCUGAGGCCACCCCUCUGCUGGAUGCCAGCUCCCUGGAGUACCUGUUUGCCCAGGGACAGUAUGAUCUGGUCAAAUGCCUGGCUCCCAUUCGCGACCCCAAGACUGAACAGGAUGGACACGACAUCGAGAACGAGUGUCUGGGAAUGGCCGUCCUGGCCAUCUCCCAUUAUGCCAUGAUGAAGAAGAUGCAGCUGCCGGAACUGCCCAAGGACAUCAGCUACAAGAGGUAUAUUCCCGAAACAUUGAACAAGUCCAUCAGACAGAGGAACCUUCUCACCAGGAUGCGGAUAAAUAACGUCUUCAAGGAUUUUCUAAAGGAAUUUAACAACAAGACCAUCUGUGACAGCAGCGUGUCCACACAUGAUCUGAAGGUGAAGUACCUGGCCACAUUGGAGACGCUGACAAAACAUUUUGGCGCUGAAAUAUUUAAGCCUUCCACGUUACUGAUCUCGUCUGAAAACGAAAUGAAUUGGUUUCAUCCAAACGACAGUGGGAAUGUUCUCUGCUACGAAGUGAUGGUGACGGGCAAUCUUGGCAUCCAGUGGAGGCAGAAACAAAACGUGGUUCCUGUUGAGAAGGAAAAAAACAAACUCAAGUGGAAAAAACUGGACGGUAAACACAAGAAGGAUGAGGAGAAAAGCAAAAGCCAGGAAGAGUGGAACAACUUUUCUUACUUCCCUGAAAUCACUCACAUUGUAAUCAAGGAGUCUAUGGUCAGCAUCAAUAAGCAGGACAACAAAAAAAUGGAGCUGAAGCUCUCUUCCCACGAAGAGGCCUUGUCCUUUGUGUCCCUGGUGGAUGGCUACUUUCGGCUCACUGCAGACGCCCACCACUACCUGUGCACCGACGUAGCCCCUCCUCUGAUCGUUCACAACAUUCAGAAUGGCUGCCACGGCCCAAUCUGCACGGAGUACGCCAUCAACAAACUGCGCCAGGAGGGCAGCGAGGAGGGUAUGUAUGUGUUGCGCUGGAGCUGCACAGACUUCGACAACAUCCUCAUGACCGUCACGUGCUUUGAGAAGUCAGAGGUCCUGAGUGGCCAGAAACAGUUCAAGAACUUUCAGAUUGAAGUGAAGAAAGGCUCCUACAGUCUGCACGGCUCAGAAAGCAGCUUCCCCAGCCUGGGGGAGCUCAUGGGCCACCUCAAGAAGCAGAUCUUGCGUACAGACAACAUCAGCUUCGUGCUGAAGCGCUGCUGCCAGCCCAAGCCCCGAGAAAUCUCCAACCUGCUGGUGGCCACCAAGAAGGCUCAAGAGUGGCAGCCUAUGAGCUGCCAGCCUAUGAGCCAGCUAAGCUUCGAUCGAAUCCUCAAGAAGGACAUUGUGCAAAGCGAGCACCUGGGUAGGGGCACUCGUACGCACAUCUACUCAGGCACACUGGUAGACUACAGAGAUGAUGAAGGCACAGCGGAAGAGAAGAGGAUAAAAGUGAUCCUCAAAGUCCUGGACCCCAGCCACAGGGACAUUUCUCUGGCAUUCUUCGAGGCGGCCAGCAUGAUGCGGCAGGUCUCCCACAAGCACAUCGUGUACCUCUAUGGCGUCUGUGUCCGGGACUUAGAGAACAUCAUGGUGGAAGAGUUUGUGGAGGGAGGUCCUUUGGACCUUUUCAUGCACCGGAAGAGUGACGUCCUCACCACCCCGUGGAAGUUCAAGGUGGCCAAGCAGCUGGCCAGCGCCCUGAGUUACUUGGAAGACAAGGACCUAGUCCAUGGCAAUGUGUGCACCAAGAAUCUCCUCCUAGCCCGGGAGGGCAUCGACAGUGAGUGUGGCCCCUUCAUCAAGCUCAGCGACCCUGGCAUUCCCAUCACAGUGCUCUCCAGGCAAGAGUGCAUAGAGCGGAUCCCAUGGAUCGCACCCGAGUGCGUGGAGGACUCUAAGAACCUGAGCAUAGCCGCCGAUAAGUGGAGCUUUGGCACCACCCUCUGGGAGAUCUGCUACAAUGGCGAGAUCCCCCUGAAGGACAAGACCCUAAUCGAGAAAGAGAGAUUCUACGAAAGCCGGUGCAGGCCAGUGACACCAUCUUGUAAGGAGCUGGCUGACCUCAUGACCCGCUGCAUGAACUACGACCCCAACCAGAGACCCUUCUUCCGGGCUAUCAUGCGAGACAUCAAUAAGCUGGAGGAGCAGAACCCUGACAUCGUGUCCGAGAAAAAGCCGGCCACCGAAGUGGAUCCCACGCACUUUGAAAAGCGGUUCUUGAAGCGUAUCCGGGACUUGGGAGAGGGCCACUUUGGGAAGGUGGAGCUCUGCAGGUAUGAUCCUGAGGGCGACAACACUGGUGAGCAGGUAGCUGUGAAGUCCCUGAAGCCUGAGAGCGGCGGCAAUCACAUUGCUGACCUGAAGAAGGAGAUUGAGAUCCUCAGGAACCUCUAUCACGAGAACAUCGUCAAGUACAAGGGCAUCUGCACAGAGGACGGAGGAAAUGGAAUUAAGCUCAUCAUGGAAUUUCUGCCUUCUGGAAGCCUUAAGGAGUACCUUCCAAAGAAUAAGAACAAAAUUAACCUCAAGCAGCAGCUAAAAUACGCCAUUCAGAUUUGUAAGGGCAUGGACUACCUGGGCUCUCGCCAGUAUGUGCACCGGGACUUAGCAGCAAGGAACGUCCUGGUUGAAAGUGAGCACCAGGUAAAAAUCGGAGACUUUGGGCUGACGAAAGCCAUCGAGACCGAUAAGGAGUACUACACUGUCAAGGAUGAUCGCGACAGCCCCGUGUUCUGGUAUGCUCCGGAAUGUCUGAUCCAGUGUAAAUUCUACAUUGCCUCUGAUGUCUGGUCCUUCGGAGUGACACUGCACGAGCUGCUCACUUACUGUGACUCGGACUCCAGCCCCAUGGCGCUGUUCCUGAAAAUGAUAGGCCCAACCCAUGGCCAGAUGACAGUAACAAGACUUGUGAAUACAUUGAAAGACGGAAAACGUUUGCCUUGUCCAAGGAACUGUCCUGAUGAGGUAUAUCAACUCAUGAGAAAAUGCUGGGAAUUUCGACCAGCCAGUCGGACGACCUUUCAGAAUCUCAUUGAAGGAUUUGAAGCACUUUUAAAAUCAGCAUGAAUAACGUUUGAAUUCCUUGGUGUCAAAUCCCUUUGCUCCCAACAAAUAUCUCAGCCAUUUUUUUUUUAAAUGAAAGUUUAUAGUUUGUGUGAAAAAAAAGAUAAGUGGGUAUCCAUGUACGAGGCACGCAGUGGUGCUUGAGAAGUGUAAGUAUUUCCUUCCGAUUUAAAUUCGGCGCCAAUGACUCUAGGGAUUACCCAAAUAUCACGACGUUCUUGAGCACCCCUCCUUCUGGAAGGAAGAUAUUAUUUUUGUCUGGCUCGUCUGUCAUCACAGUUGAUUAUCAAAGUGGGAUUUUGAAAACAAGAGGAAGAGAUCAAAGUCUUGAGCUGAUUGAUUUAUGAGUGCCAGGAAAACCACCCCUCCAUCAGCAGGCCAGUGGGGAAAGGUGACAGAUGGACAUAGCCAGACAUAUGCAUUGUGUUUUACUUGCUGCUGGCAUGGUCCUUCUUGCUCUGAGACACCAGAGAGUGCCACUGUUUCUCUCAGCCGGGUGGGUUCCUGUCACCACUAGGACUCUUGGUCUUUGUGUUUUCUUCAGUGGCUUAGCUCCUCUCCCCUUGGGUAACCAGUGGUACCUAUUUCUGAGCUGUCCUAAGGGGCCAACUAUGGAAUACUUUGCUGCAUGACAUUAAUUCUUGAGAAUUAAGCCUGUGCUUUUUUAAAAAUAAUCACUGAUUCUGAGAGCAGGGAUGUUAGUCUACAUGCUUUUUAGAAACGUCAGUCUGUAUCUUUAAAAAGAACUGUACUGUUUGGGGGCAGGCUGGUCUCGCAUUGGUCUUGAAUGCCCUCUGCAGUCACUCAGAAUGCAUUAUCCCGCAGAGAGUUUCAGUACUUCAUCCUACAAAUACCAUCAUCCUACAAGAGUCCUUCAGUAUUGACUGUCAUCUUCUGGCAUAAAACUUGAGAAAAAGAGCAUAUGAAGACCCAGCUCCAUUGGAGGGUUUUGUUUGCUUGAAGGGUGUUGGGAAAUUGUCUAAUGUAAGGCCAGAGAGAUAAUACAGCAAGUAGGGCACUUGCCUGGUAUGUAGCCUAUCUGGGUUCAACCCUUUUUCUCCCAUAUGAUCCCCUGAGCCUACCAGGAGUAACUCCGAAUGCAGAGCAAGGAGGAGUAACCCCUGAGCAUCGCUGGAUGUGGCCCAAGAGACUGAGGAACUUUCUGUUCAUACUCUCUCGCAUUUGAUGUUACUUGUCUUUUGGGGAGCCUGAGGAACGUUCUAGAUUGACUGAGUGGCAAGAAUAAACUUGCCACUUAGAGUCACUCAGCCACCCUCUGUCAUCAAGGUCUCUUGUGUUCAACCUGUGGCCACCCUCUAUGCACUUUUAUUCUUUAUACAAAUAAACAAGUCCAAAACUUCA